ACAAUCACGCCAAAUUUUCAGUGUUAGAAAAUAGCAAAUAAAAAUUAAGUCUGAGAUCACAAGCCAUCAUCUAUUUACUUUUAUUUUAUAGAACUAAAGGAAAACAACUGCGAAAAUAUAAAUAUUCAUACUUUUCGAUUAUUUUGAGAAACUACUUAGCUGUUAGUGGGUAGAUAAAAGACAAAAGUCGUUGUUAUAAGAGCUAUUUUUAAUUAAGUAUUUUCAUUAACGUUAAACAUCUGAAAUGCGAAAUUAUUAAAAUAAAAUGCAGGAGAUACCGGAAUGUUUAAGCCGACGCUAUAAAGCGCUGGAUGAACUGGUCAAAGAGUUUGCUACUUCUGAAUCGAGGCCUAAUGCUGACUGCUCAACUGGGGACCCUAGUAUCAGGUUGCUAUGCAACUUUUGGGACAUACUUAAAGAAGAUCCUGAUGUUAAUCUAUCAGAAGCUGUGCAGCAACGUAUGUGUGCAAAUCCACAGAGAUGUACUUUAUUUGGGUCGCAUAAUAUCAAUUGUUAUAUGGCUGGAUGUUGUAAAAGGAACGAUGAUAAAAAACAAGAUACUAUAAAUAAAUGUAAAAGUACACGGAGUAAGCCAAGCAAAGAGAGUUCUGAAAAGAAUGUCUGUUGCGUAACACAAUCUACUGCACCAAGUAAUGAAUUACCUCUGAAUAAAGUUCUUUGUGACUUGAAACAGGCUGCUUCAUUUGAGAAGAAGUGUCAAAGUAAAGUAAACGAUUUAUUAGAAACGCAAAAACGGUUGCAAGAUCAAAUUCAAGUUUUAGAACAGAGAGAGAAAGAUGGUGUUCAGUUGCUAAAACAAGCUGAUUGCAUGUGGUCUUGUAUGGAAGAAACAUAUAAGAAGAAAAUAGGAGAAUCCUUAGAUAGACAAAAGGAAUUAUUAAAGCAGUUAAAAGAAGUAGAGACAAGUAAUAUGAAAUGGCGUAAAAACAAAAAGGAUUUAGAAUUCGAAAUAGACCAUGUUAAUAAAUGUCAACAAGAAAUAACAGAGAGGAUUAACCAAAAAACCAACGAUAUUAAAUGUAUUGAUGUGGAAAUCGAUGAUUUUAAAAAACGUAUAGAUAGUAAUAAAAAAGAUUUAGAAGUAGCGAAAAAAUCUUUCGGUACAAAAAAACAAGCUUCUAAAGCAAGAAUUAGUAAUAUACAACUAGAAGUAUCAAGGUUAGAGAAAGUUUUGAAAGAGGAGCAACAGUAUAAAGUAACAAAAGAAGAAGAAGCUGACAAGUAUGUAAAAGAAGCGAGACAAGACCUGCAAAAGUUGUGUAAAGUAUUGUUACAAAAGAAACUUGAAAGUGAAGAUAUGCGAGCUGAGAAAGAAGCGUUGCUAUUAGAAAUUGAAUUAUUAAAACAGAAUUGUGAUCAAUGUAAAGACAAAUGCAAAAAUAAGCAAGAAUCUAUUAACGAAGAAAUAAAAACACUAGAUAAAGAAAUUGCUGAAUUCAAAGUUAAAUGUAUAAGAUGUCAUGAAUGCACAGACACUUUGGAUAUAAGGAGGUUUUGUACUGAUUGUCCAAGAUGUGUUAAUGAAAGAGAUUGUUUAUAUGUGGGCGAUCAUUGUAUUCCAGAUAAUGCACUUGAUUGUGUUUGUACAACAGUAAAACAUAAACUUUUGGAUAAUGUUUUUGACAAUAUGUAUACGGUAUUGGAAAGGCAAGUGAAAUCAGGACCAGGAAAAGCAGUGGCUGACGUAGUUUUAAAUUGCUUAAAGAAAAGUAGAAAUGGAAAGUUGAAUGCAGAGACGAGGAAAAUUCUACAGGAUUUCAUUUUGACAACUGUUAAGAAGAAUUUGAAUCUGACUAUCGUCGGUGGAGCUGUUAAAACAAGAUGCGAGAUGGACCGUGAAACUUACAAGCAACUGAUGCUUUGUCUAAAACAAGUUAAAGUGACGAAACCGGUGAAAGUUGAUAAAGGAACAGAAUCUAAAAAGGAUCCCUGUCGACGUUGGGGUAAUAGUGAAUGUAAUUGUCCAAAAGGACCGAAAGAUUGUAUUUGUACCAAAAAAGCGCCACCACCACCAAAUGAACCAAAGACAUGCCCACCAACAACAGAAGAUAAAGAAGAUGCGGGCGAAGCCGUUGUAUGUCCCUAUAAAGAAUCUGCAGCAUGUGGUCCAGACUGUGCUAUGCAUGAAUUACCGGACUCUGUUGGUAGCGAAGUGGCAUCUUGGAGGCCUAAUCCUUGUCAAGGACCGUCUUGUCAUUUUAAAAAUAUGCGAGCAGCGCAAUGUGUCCUGGGCCAGGAAGGUCUGUCUACAUUUUCAAGUCCAAAAAUAUUAAGAGACGAGGAUCCAUCUAAAAAUAGCCAUUCGUCAACAGACCCUCAUGCUUCUUUUAAAGAUACCAAACAACUGAAAGCAGUAAAAGACAAAAUAAACGAUACAGAUAACUGCGAAAUGGUUGUUGAGCCUGUGGUUAGAAAUCAACAAUUAAAUGUUGUGCCUCACGAUAAAUACGAUCUAAUUGAUAAUAAUCCAAUUAUGCUAAAAUCAUUCUCUGGGGAUUUUUUAAAAAUAGCCUUAAAUAAAACAUUGGUAGAAGAGAUAAACAAACACCUACAAGAAGGUACUAAUGUCUUUGUGACUAUGGAAACUAAGUUUGGUCAGCCAGUGUUUAGCUUGCAAUCAGAUGCUACGAUAGCGGAUGAUCAAAAUAUAUUUUUACCAAAGAAAUCGCCAUCUGGUAACAUAACUCUUGAAGCAUAUAAGCCGAUCCGCAAACAUUCAUUUGAUAAUGCAUAUAGUAAAGAAUCGACAAAUGAGGAACACGAGGAAAUAAAAAACACUGAUAAAAGUUUUAAAGAUAAUUCUAGUCAACCUAGUAAAAGUAGUUUAAAAAAAUAUAACCUUUAUGAUACUAAAGAGCAUAAAAAAGAAUAUAAUAAUAACGGAAAUAAGAUAAAUAAUUUACACGAAGUAAAAUUUAAAGGAGUUAACAACUGCAAAGAUAAGGAAACAAUAUUUGCAAUUAAAGAAACGUCAUCCGACAACUUUAAAAUAGUGUUAGAUAAAGAAUUUGAAAUAUAUCACAAACAAGCUAUCAAAGAAUAUGAAGGAGAUAACAGUGUUCAAUUUGCUGAAUUACUGAAAACUAAUUCCGGGCAUUUUGUAAUAAAUUUUAGAGAAAAUAGUGACGAUGACAAAAAUAAGGUAUUGUUGAUUAAGACUGAAUCUGGAAAUAUUAAAGUACUAGUGGACAAGUCCAAAACAGACUCUCUUUUGACUAGAAAAGAUUCGAUAUCAUCUAACUUUGUAAUGACAGCUAAUGAUUUAAAUAAACUCUUAAUCAAAUCCCAAUCAAUAUCAAAGGAAGAUAUUAGAGAUAAUUCGAAAGUUACCAAAUUACCAGUUACAAUUAAGUCUUUGAGUGACUCAAAAUUGUACAAAAAAGAUAAGUCUGAUUUAUUAGACCAAAAUAAACAGAAAUAUCAAAAGGACUAUCCAGGGGGUAAAAAAUUUGCAUGCAAAGAGAUUGCAACAUCUUGUAAUGGUCAAUACAAAGAUAAUUUAUGUGAUAAAAGUAAAUGUAUUUGUAAAAAUAUAUGUUAUAAAUCAAAGCAAUGGCGUUGGGAAAAUUCUGACCAUAAAAACAUGAAUAUUCAGUGUGAUACUAGUGUAAAAUCAAAACAAAACUCAUCUAACAGCUUGAAAUACAGUGACUUAAUGCGUAAAAGAUCGGAUUUAAGCAACGCAGAAUUUAAAUUUCUUAAAACACCAGCUGAACAGUCGAAUAAUGUCCGAAAUAAAUACCAGCCAGGAACUGAGUCUUGUGGCUGUAGUUUAAGCGUGUCAAAAGAAACCUAUAACAACGUUGUUGAUGGUAGCUGUUCUCAACCUUGUUAUAAAUAUAUGUCUAUAUCGAAUGAACAUUUAGAUACUGACAAUUAUAAUAAAGAACAAUCCAUUAAAGCAUAUAAUAAAAAUAAUAGACAAGAGAUUAAAAGAACAUGUAAUGAUAGCGAACAUUCCUGGGACACUCUAGAAUAUUUUCCUCCGCAAUUGCCUCCUUUUUUAAGAGAUUUUAAUUAUUCUUAAUAAUAUUUAUAUUUUUGUUUCGAAUGAUCUUGAAAGAUCGAAUG